AUGGCGGCGGCGAGCCGGAGCGGCGGCGGCAGGGCGCUGGGCAUGGGGCCGCGGCGGCGGGGGGCGCUGCUGGAGCCGGCGGGAGGCUGCUCCUGCUGCCUGGCGGCGGCGCUGCCGCUGCUGCUGCUGCUGCUGCCCGCCGGGUGCCCGGUGCGGGCGCAGAACGACACAGAGCCCAUCGUCCUGGAGGGGAAGUGCCUGGUGGUGUGCGACUCCAGCCCCUCGGCCGACGGCGCCAUCACCUCCUCCCUGGGGAUCUCGGUGCGCUCCGGCAGCGCCAAGGUGGCCUUCUCGGCCACUCGCAGCACCAACCACGAGCCCUCUGAGAUGAGCAACCGCACCAUGACCAUCUACUUCGACCAGGUGUUAGUUAAUAUUGGCAACCAUUUUGACCUUGCUUCCAGUAUAUUUGUAGCACCAAGAAAAGGGAUAUAUAGUUUCAGUUUCCACGUGGUCAAGGUCUAUAACAGACAAACCAUCCAGGUAAGUUUAAUGCAAAACGGCUACCCAGUGAUUUCAGCUUUUGCAGGGGAUCAGGAUGUCACCAGAGAAGCAGCCAGCAAUGGGGUCUUGCUCCACAUGGAAAGAGAAGACAAAGUGCAUCUCAAACUGGAAAGGGGUAACCUCAUGGGAGGGUGGAAAUAUUCAACCUUUUCUGGCUUCUUAGUCUUUCCACUAUAAAAGAAGGCCAAAUAGGCGGCAGAUCUAUGAGCUGGAGGAAGGAUUCAGUCGUUAAUGACACCCUGAUCUUGGCAGCACAUGACAAUAUUUCCAGUCACCCCGUCAGACUGUCAUGGUAGAAGAAUGAUAACCUCCUAAACUCCAACAUUUGCUUUGAAUAUUGACAAUUCCUCGGGAACCUGCGCCUCUAAUUAGUUUUAGACGACAGUGAUCUUUAGGAGAAAUGAAAUUAUCGACCUGAGCAAUUUGUACCUGUGAUUGUAAAGUCAAUUUUGGAUUUUAUUGCUGGGAUCAUUGACUUUCUUAUUAUUUUUUAAUUUUUCCCCUCUUUCAUUUUUUCCUCUUUUUCUUUCUCUUGUCGUUGUCCCAGUGAAACAAAUAACUCGGACCACACAAUCGCUUUGUCAAAGGCUCAGUCCAGAGCCAGAAGAAUGAAGUGUUCAGCCCAAUGAGGUGUUCUUUCCAUACUUUAUUUCUCCGUGUUGUAUACCCUUAAGG